GUGGAGCCCAAACAGCUACAGCUCUCUGAACCAAACCCUCACCUUCUCACAACACGUUGUCAGGACUCUUUUUACACUGCCGACAGCCUUUGAUCUUUACUUUAUAUAUUGUAUACCAUAUUUCAUCGACGACAGAAACUAUGUCGGAGACCACGAUCAGCAGCCCACCAUCUCACCCGCCAGCCCCUAGCCGCACAGCGUCAGGCCGGCCAAAGGGAAUCCUUAAGAAUGCACCAGCGCCACCUCUACCGACACCAGGGGGACAGCACUUGCAAUGGGACGAGGCGAACAUUGCCCUCACGGAACUUCAGAAGGACAGUCUGAUGAAGAUCACAGAGCCAAAGACGCCAUAUGUCCGUUACAAUGCAGAGACAGACACCGUGGAGGGCGAUAUCCCCAACCUCGAUCUCGGAAAUCUCGACUCUAGCUCCCCAUCAUCCCCCAUCCUGCGGACCCAAUCACCAACAUCCAGCACUGGCCCUGACGUACCUAAUUCCGGACCUUCGUCUCGUCGUACUUCGUUCUCCUCUGCCUCUCUCAGUCAUCCAUCUGCUGCAAGCCCACCGCUCGACCCCACCAUCCUGAAUACCCAAGCCAACUCUGCGAUCGGAUCAGGGAGACCUACGAGUAUCAGUGGGCGAAGUGGAAGUGGAAGUUCGAGUCGAAGCACAAGCUUCAAUCUGCCUUCCGAUGCGAGAGGUGAUAUCACUGGGAUUGGCAGCGAUGCGGAGAGGGGCGAAGUAGAAGAGGAAGAGAUGGAUGAAGAAACGCAAGCUAAGCAUGAGGCCUUCAUCAAGGCUAGAGGCCGGCACUACUCGAACGAAGCGGAAGCCAUGAAGAUGGCGCAGAAACUCAUGGAGGAGGAAGACGACGAUGCGGAGGAAGAGACGAACGGUGCGGUAGACGACGAUGUCUCUAUGAAUGGCGACGAACCACCCAAGGUCAACGGAGUCGUCCAUGGCAUUUGAAGAUUCACCGUCAUUCGGAGUCACACCUUAGGGGGCAGCGUUGUCCCGAUGGUCUUCAUGUUAGCUUUAUUUUGACGGGCAAUGGAUGGACGAUGGCGAACGAAGAUGCGAUAGCAAGUGGGGUGGUAGGCGGCCGCGGUGAGAUAGACGGUCAGUGAAGUUUCUUGAGAUGUACCUUCUGAUACCGAAUGCGAUGCUUUUUCUGGACGUU